AUGCCUCACCACCACGGCGCGCUCCCCGACGAGGAGGCCCCGUCGCCGCGGCCCUCCGCCGCCGGCUGCUACACCUUCCUCCGCUCGGCCGCCUCCCGCCGCGGCCACGGCCACGGAUACCGGCGCCUCGAGUCGGCGUCCGUCGACGUGGUGAGGGUGGAGGUGGGCACGACGGCAAAGGCGAGGAGCGUGUUCCACGUGGACCCGGCAGUACUGGAGGCCGAGCCAGUGCGCCGGCUGCUGGCCGCGGCUGGGCGCCGGACCGCUGGCGGCGCGGUGGCGGUGGCCGUGGACGCGCUGCUGUUCGAGCACCUGCUCUGGCUGGCCGCCACCGACGGCGCGGCCGCCGACGACCUGUCGGAGAUCGUGGAGUUCUACUCGGAGGAGGAGGAGGACGAGGAGCACCACGACGACGGCCACGGGUUCAAGCUCAAGCGCUAG